UUGAAAUUUAUGUUCUUUAUAUAGUAUGGGUCUCAUUAUUUUUGGACACGUGAUUGACAUGGUUUAUUAAUUAUUACAAUAUGUCUACACAACAACUUCUUGGGCUGAUCCCCAAUUGACCGUUGGGUCCAAAAUCAAUGACAUUGUCUGAGGUGAGUCGCAUCUGGUGGAGGGUUGGAAACUCGACCUUUAUAAGCGUGAGCGGUCUCUCUCCUUUUGCAUUCUUACUCCAUCAGAGGGGAAGAGAUCCAAGAAAGAAAGACUCCCGCUGUCCGAAAUGGCUCACGCUAUAAGCAUCAAUGAUAGUGAAACGAGCGGGACGCCAAACGAAAGGCUUGAAGCUUUGAAGGCGAGAUAUGUCUCGACUCCAGGAAACCAACAACAGCUCGGAGAUGAUGAUUUGAACAAAAUUAUGGAUCGUUACCUAUAUGAAGCCACGAAAGAAGGGAACGUCGAGGAAUUCAUCGGUGCAUUAGAAAAUGUGUCUAAGUCAAGGAAGCUAGCUUUGUCGCUAAUCUUCGACCAAGUCGCCUCCUCCGGAAAUUCAUUGCUUCAUGUUGCGGCAAGCUCAGGGAAAGAUGAUCUCAUUGAGCUCAUUCUCGAUCAUUUCCCUUACCUCGUGACCCGGAAAAACUUCUCAGAGGACACUACACUCCAUGUUGCCGUUCGAAAUGGAAGCUUAAAGGCGACAGAAAUGCUGAUUCGCCGGGGAACAAACUCGGAAAUCAAAUACUGGAAAAACAAGGAUCGUAAAUCUCCGUUGUAUCUGGCAGUCGAAAUUUGCAAGAUUUGUGAUUCAAAUCCCGAGGGGGUGGGCUGGAAGAUUCCUGAGCUUCUCGUGCGAGAAUUUGCUCGAGAUGAAGCUUACGCAGUAAAGAUAGAGGGCAUGUCACCAGUUUUGGCUACAUUUGAUGUGACAUUAGGUUUAUUGAGAAUAUUUAUAGACCGGCUGCCGAAGUUACUUCACGUGCGCGGUGAAGACGGGGGGGGGGGGACACCACUGCACGCAGCAGCAUCGGUUGGGUAUUUUCGGCAAGCGGAGGUCCUGCUGAGGAAAUGCCCUUAUCUCGCCCUUCAAACGGACAAGAACGGCUCCUACCUGAUUCACAUCGCUUGCGAAGGCAGCAGCUUCUCGACUUUCGAGAACACGUUAGCCAUGUAUUGCUCCAUCCUUGCGGUCGUAGUCCUCCUCUGGGGUCUCAGUAGAGACUUCUAUGUUGCAGAGCUAGCUUACCACUCAGCAGGGCCAUUACUGCUAAUGCCUCUCACCGGCAUGUCAGUGGCGUUCUUCGCGGCCAUAACUGUAGCAGUGAGCAAACUUACUUGCCUCGGAAGCCUUGUUCUGUCGGUCGGAGUCCUUUACCUCGCGAUGGUCAUCGGGGUUUUAGCGGCCUUGAUAUUCCCAUCCUCCAAGUCUGCUAUGCGCAUUGUGGUCUUCUACUAUCUGGCUGUGACCCUAUCGGCACCUGCAGUCCGGGGAUUUGUCAGAUUUUGUGUUACGAAUUUUCCCUUCUUUAUGGAAAAAAUUUGCAACCGUCCAUUUAUUCAUUUUUAA